AGCUAAUCGAGGAGCGGCAAUGUUCAUUUAUUCACAGCUCUAAUACGAUGCGAGCUGCUAUACUGUUUCUCAUCGUGAUCGUCUCCGUGCAGGCAGACGUUUUUCACGGACGCUAUCGGGAAUCGAUGGAGCAAUAUCGUCGACGAGAACGGUACGAGAAUUGCUUGAAGUAUUGCGUGAACAAGUCAAAGAGAGUAAAGUUCAAUGAGGUUCUCUGCAGUGAAUGUUCUCUACUCCUGAAAUCAGAUGACUCUUAUUAGUUUAUCUUCUCACAGAUUUCCUGGAACUAAAAAAUAAACAUUGUUCAGAACUGGAGAAA